GAUGGCCGGGUAGUAACCAAACUAGCAUGCUGGCCAGGGUAGUCUCGGUAUGUGUCCUUGUGGUAUCUGUGCUCCACAUCUCUGGAACCUGCGGUGAGACCAACAUCACGCUGCUCACUCUACCUAUCAACUUGACAUCCUGGAGGACAUCUUUACACAGGACCUUCAACGGAUCUCUGGUUCGUCCUCUGACAUCCCAUCUGUCUUCUGCCUUGAACGAUACUCUGCAAUUCUUCAAGACUGGGAGCGUCGGCUGUACACCGGAAGGCGAAGAGUGCAUUCCUGAUGUUCCAUCGUGCUGCCCCUCAACGGCGGACGGUCAUUUAGGUGACAGAGAGGACGAGGACCUCCAAUGUCUUCCUCAAGGUGGUGUCUACCGUUGCAGUCUCGUCACGGACUCGGAGGACGUUGCUCAACUGAGGCUAAACGCCCUGGAGUACGGAGACAGUGCGGGGCAGCUGGAGUCGCACCCUUGGAUCAACAGUUGGGAGUUCCAGUCUAGAAGUAUGGCGGAGCGGGAGGAGUUACAAGCACUUCAAGACGCUGAGUGGAAGAAGAACUGGAAACCGAGCAGCCAGGAAAAUGUUUGGAUCAAGGCCUACAACAAAGUUAAGAACGAAGCCCUAAACGCGUGGAAGGAUUUGAGGAAGAUGAAAAAACUAAAGGAAGUAAAAGAUACUUUGAUAGACAAGAAGAACAAAAGACUAGAGCCCACGGUCCCACCAGCUCCAGAGCCCGUACAAGAACCCCUACCUGAGCCCGAGGACGAGCCUGUGGUGGAGGAAGAGGAAAAAGAAGAAAAUCCUGCAACCCAAAAAGCAGCGAGGGUUUUGUACCCGGAUGAGCUAUCGGAGGAAACAAUCCACGGCAACAAAGGUCAAGCGGAGUCAGGCAGUGAAGAGAGUGUGAUUAAAUUUUCUGAUGAAUUACCAAAACGGGAUAAGAAAUUAGAUUUCAGACUAGACAACUUAAUUAAAGACGCCAUGUACUUAGCAAGUGAAAAACUGAAGAAGACAACUGAACAGGGUAAUCGGCCUUCAGGAAAAGACAGCUCUGUAGUAUCUCCUUUGUCGUCACAGGAGGAACUUCUUCGCCUGGAAAACAUUCAAGACAUUGUAGAUAAGUUAACGAAGGAAGUAAACGACCUAAAAUCGUUGAAGACGCAAAGAGACGAAAACAAUAAAGACAACGUUGACAACAAAGGGCCCAGUAUAGACGAAUUAAUAGAGAAACACGUGCGUAACAUACUAGAAGAAAAGAGAAGGUUAUAUGAACUGAGACAAAUCGAGGAAGCGAGGAGAUUGAAAAAAGAAGGACUUAUUAAAACGUAGCAACACACCUAAAUAAUUAGGUCAACUAAAUAAACAUGAAUCAGUUCAAAAACCAGUCAUCCUAACCUACUAUUUUUAUUUUUGUCAUUUUUACUUAUGAACAUUAUUUAAUAAACAUAAUUAAAUGCAAAACAAACAAAUGGGAUAGUGAAAUUAUAUACUUCAAAAAUGGAUUUUACUUCCCUCAAAUAAUUUGUUAUUCGUUCUCUUGCACUGUUUAGUUAUUAAAACAGAACAGACUCGUUAUC